CAUGUUGUCAGUGUAAAUGCAAGCAGGGUACGAAAUAUUCUUGAAUUUUAGAGAAAUAGUAGAUAAUUUAGAAGUAUUGAAGUAGAAAUGGCUGACAAAAAUCUAACAGCUAUUCUGUACAAGCAGGGUGACCUGAAAUUGGAAGAUCUCCCUGUCAAAGAGCCAGGCCCAGGACAGGUACAACUGAGUAUGAAAGAUGUAGGUAUUUGUGGUUCAGACGUACACUACUGGACUCAUGGGGCUAUCGGAGACUUUAUCGUCAAGGCUCCUAUGAUAUUGGGACAUGAAGCAGCAGGCGUAGUCUGUAAACUUGGAGAAGGAGUUACUACUUUGAAAGUUGGAGAUCGUGUGGCUAUUGAACCAGGGGUACCAUGUAAGAUGUGUAAAUACUGUAAGAAGGGAAGAUAUAAUCUAUGUCCAGAUAUGAAGUUCUGUGCUACACCACCUUAUGAUGGAAAUCUAGCUAGAUUCUAUUGUCAUGAUGCUGAUUACUGUUACAAAUUACCAGACCAUGUGAGUAAUGAAGAAGGAGCUCUGUUAGAACCACUGUCAGUUGGUGUACAUGCCUGUGCCCGUGCUGGUGUGGAGAUUGGUUCUAGAGUGUUAAUCUGUGGAGCUGGACCUAUUGGUCUAGUUAAUAUGUUAACAGCUAAAGCUAGAGGAGCUGCUGAAAUUAUUAUGACUGAUAUCGACCAAUCCAGAUUAGAUUUUGCGAAGAGUUUAGGAGCAAAUCAUAUAUUAAAAGUAACGAGUAGAGAUCCUCAAGUUACAGCCAAUCAGAUUGAAGAAAUAAUGGGUGAUAAAGUUGACAUCACUAUAGAAUGUAGCGGGGCUCCUCCCAGUAUUAGAACUGGAAUCUUCGCAACAGCACCUGGAGGUUGUGUAGUAUUGGUAGGAUUAGGACCAGCUGAUGUAGAGUUACCUAUAGUUAAUGCUAGUGUUCGUGAAGUAGAUAUACGAGGAAUAUUCCGUUAUGUCAACUGUUAUCCUACAGCUCUAGCUAUGGUAGCAUCAGGACAAGUUAAUGUGAAGCCUCUCGUGACUCACAGAUUUAAACUGGAGCAGGCUUUAGAAGCUUUUCAGAUGGCAAAAGAGGGAAAAGGAGUCAAGAUUAUUAUUAAUUGUGAAAAAUAAUGUGCUUUCUGGACAAAUUUGACUAACAAAGUAUCUUUUAUUUUAUCGUUUCUAAUGAGUAUUUUCCCAUUUAUUGCAUUUUUUGUAAGGAAUUGAGGAACAGAAGGAGGUAUAUUUUUAAUCGUCUUUUUAUUGUUGUUGAUUUACAAUACAUUUUCAAAAAGAAUACAAAAAGAAAAUACAUUAUAUGACUGAAUAUGUAUUUUUUCUGAGAAAGACCUCGUCUAAACUGGAAUAGUUAAAAGAUCAUUGACAAGAGGCUCCCUUCUUCUUUCCCUUUCCUCAAAUUUACAAUGGAUUAUAUUUUUUUAUCAAUUUUUUUUAUGGUGAUUGUUAUUGAAUAAAUAAUAAAGUGCAAUUGUUAUGAUUAUAAAAUUGUUAUGAUUAUAAAAUUGUUAUGAUUAUAAAAUUGUUAUGAUUAUAAAUUAUCUUUCUU